GGCUUUAUUUACAAGGUCUCAGAAGUCUUAAAUCCCCGACCUCCAACUGUGCAGCACCAUCUCCCAUAGUUGCGUAUCGAUCUGUUGUUUCCCACUAUUUUUUCUGGGUCCUCAUCUUCUAUGAUGUGUGCAGAAGCAGUCAUUUGAGGUGCCUGGAGAACUGUUCAAGCAGGAAGAGCUUGCAAAGAAGACUAGUGCAUAAAGCAGUCAGGAAAGCGGAUCGACACAAUGGCAGACGCGACGCCAGCGAUUCCAUCUGCAUAUGUGUCGACAGGGGGCGUGAACCCCGACUGGUUGAACAAAGGCGACAAUUCAUGGCAGUUGACGGCCGCCACCUUUGUGGGCAUGCAAACGGUGCCAGCACUAGUGAUCCUCUACGGGAGUAUCGUGAAGAAGAAAUGGGCGGUGAACUCUGCUUUCAUGGCUUUCUAUGCCUUCGCCGCCGUGUUAUUGUGCUGGGUGGGAUGGGCAUACAAGAUGUCAUUCGGAGAGAAGCUGAUUCCCAUCUGGGGCAAAGCGGGGACCACGCUCAACUUCAAUUACCUUCUCUCGCAGGCAGAGUUGCCUGCAAGUGCCACAUACUACAGUGACGGAUCGGUGCAAGUUGCAACUCUGAUGCCGUGGUAUCCGAUGGCGACGCAGGUCUACUUCCAGUUCGUUUUUGCGGCAAUUACCCUGGUGCUUUUGGCAGGAUCUGUCCUGGGGAGAAUGAGCUUCCGGGCGUGGAUGGUGUUUGUCCCGUUGUGGUUGACGUGCUCAUACACAGUCGGCUGCUUCAGCGUCUGGGGUGGCGGAUUCUUGUGGCAAUGGGGGAUUAUUGACUACGCCGGCGGUUAUGUCAUUCAUCUCUCAUCUGGUGUUGCUGGCUUCACAGCCGCUUAUUGGGUUGGACCACGACUGUCAAAGGAUCGCGAGAGGUUUCCUCCUAACAACGUCUUGCUCAUGUUGGCUGGGGCCGGUCUUCUAUGGAUGGGAUGGGCGGGAUUCAACGGCGGUGCUGCUCUUUCCGCCAACUUGGUUGCAUCCAUUGCCAUCAUCAACACCCACGUUUGCGCUGCGACCAGCGUGCUGGUGUGGACUUUCCUGGACGUGGUUGUCUUUGGGAAACCUUCCGUGAUCGGUGCAGUGCAGGGAAUGAUCACGGGUCUUGUCGUCAUCACCCCUGGUGCAGGACUUGUCCAAGGAUGGGCGGCGCUCGUCAUGGGAGUCUUUGCAGGAUCAAUCCCCUGGUUUACAAUGAUGGUGGUUCACAAGAGAUCCAGCCUGCUUCAAAAGGUGGACGAUACGUUAGGCGUGUUUCACACUCAUGCAGUUGCGGGCUUCUUGGGUGGAAUUCUGUCUGGAUGCCUUGCAGAGCCAACGCUAUGCAACUAUUUCCUUCCGGUCCUGGAUUUGCAGGGCGCCUUCUAUGGAGGAAUCGGGGGAAAGCAGCUGGGCAAGCAAAUCGCGGGUGCUCUCUUUAUCAUAGGAUGGAAUGUCGUGGUGACGAGCAUAAUCCUCAACGUCAUCAAGUUGGUGAUCCCGCUGCGCAUGGAUGACGAGCACCUUCUCAUUGGUGACGACGCUGAGCACGGGGAGGAAGCUUAUGCAUUGUGGGGCGAUGGUGAGAAGUAUGACUCUUCAGUACAUGGUGCUUCAGAGAUGGACAUCACCAACCACGGUUCAAAGAAUAAUGAUAAGCGGCCCACCGUCGCUCUCUAGAUUCGUUUAGUUUCACAACCUUGGGAUUUAAUUUGAAGAUAGAAAAAUAAUGCAAAAAAUAUAUUUCAUACGUCAUUUAUUGCAGCUCUCGUAUGUUUGUAGACCAGAAAAGAAUUUAUCAUUUGUGUCUGAGGCUGAUGCAGCGUGCAGUUUGACCUUGAUUGCAAGGGGGUAGUGUAUUCAAUGAUUGUACAAUGAGGGUGAAUAAUGCAAGCAAUGUACAAAAGCAGUGGGUUUAUAUGCAAUUUGUCAACUCUGACAUCGUUUGCGUUAGUGCAGCAGUUGUUUGGAAGCGCCUUAGAUGGUUACAUAUCAGCUGAAUACCACAUGAUAGUUAUGAAUAUUGUCGAAGUACUGCUGAUCUAUCAGAAACAAAUAGAGAUGGACUGGUGAUAAUUGGUUCCCAGAAACUCAUUUGCCCGGAUGCACGACUUCAGUCAGUGGUGCCGUAGCGUAGGUUCCAGAAUGAAAAGAAUCAACACUUGGGAAACUGCAAUGCUGUCAGUCAACUUGCUUUUAAAAAGUUCAGAAACAAUAAAUUGGAGAUUGAAUGGUCAA